UCUCCCACAGAAAAAAGAAGUAAAUUUUCCUGAACGCCAGUAUCGAGAUUUUCGUGAAUGUUUACAAAAUUGCCGGACGUUCUGUGCGUCCGAGAGCUGUGCGUGGUGUGACGGGCACGUGCAGUGACUGGGAAGAGUGUGAAAAUUGGUGUGUUUUGGCGGUGCAGGAGUGGACAAAAGUGGUCACAUAAUUAAGUGAACUGUGGCGUUCUGCGCCGCCAUUAUUGCAAAAAAUUCUCCAUUGGGAGAGAGCUUGGCGAAAGGGCAGGAAUUGCGGUGGUUCCGGCGUCUCAGGACGAUGCAGUGUGUGUGAAGUGAGAGUGUGUGUUUGUGGAAAAGUGUGAAAAUUCCCUCGGCGCGCGCCCCUGAGCAGAUAAGCGAUGGAAUUGGAGGAGCUGGAGAACAUCAAUAAGAAUGACUUCCUACCACUGUUGCCGCACAACAUCAAACAGGAACUGUUCGACAGCAAUGAGACGGGAAAUCUGUGCGACAGCGUGGAGAAGCAGGUGGACACAAUUCCCAGCAAGGGCGCCUCCACCACGCCGUCCAAGUGCGUGUGGUGCUCCCAGAGCCUCAGCGGCGCUGACAAUCCGAAGCUCCUGGAGUGUCUGCACGUCGCCUGCUCGGCAUGCGUGACCACGAAGUUCUCCGAGCUGGAUCGCGCCCUGCCGCCGCUGGUGCACUGUCCCGAGUGCAACAUGGCCAGCCAGAUGGAGGGCGUGAUCGACAAUCAGUUCCUGAUAGAGCAGAUCUCGUCCACGGAGGAGCUGCAGAACAGCGGCGGCCAGGAGUCGGACACGAAGGCGGUGAUCAAGUGCAGCAGCUGCAGCGACGACGCCAACGCCACUUCGUGGUGUGUGGAGUGCUCGGAGUACAUCUGCGAUAGCUGCGUGCAGGCGCACCAGCGUCUCAAGAUCACCAAGGAUCACACGAUCAAGCCAAAGGAGGAGGCGACGGCGGAGAGCCAGAACAGCAGCGCGACGGGGAAGAAUCUCAUGUGCCCAGUACACUCGCAGGAGAAGUUGUCCCUCUUCUGCGAGACUUGCGAGAAGCUCACCUGUCGCGACUGCCAGCUGGCCGAUCAUCGUGACCACAAGUACAAGUUUGCCCAUGAAAUAGCCACGGAGACGCGCAACAAUCUCAACUCACUGCUCAGCGAGAUCACGUACAAGCGCGUGCUGCUCACGAGCGCCAUGAAAGUGAUCGACGAUCGGCAGAGCUUGAUUGCGGACAAGAAGAAGGAGCUGAUUAAGGACAUCACAAAUAUGGUGCUGAAGAUAACCAACACGGUGAAUCUGCGCGGGAAGCAGCUCGUGAUGCGCCUCAAUGAGGUGUGCGACAGCAAGCUGAAGGUGCUGAAUGAGAAGAAGGAGGCGCUGCAACAGCUCUCCGGGCAUACAGAUCACUGCAUUGAUUUCGUGCAGAACGCUCUGGACAAGGGCAGCGACAGUGCCGUGCUGUUCAGCAACAAGACGCUGGCGCGUCAUCUGCAGAAGGUAAAGUGCCAAAGGGCGGACAUCCCGAAUCCGGAGAUUCCCGUGCGCAUUCAAGUGCAGCUGAGUCAAGUGAAUGAGCUGCAGAAGGUAAUCGCGCAGCUGGGCACGAUCAUUGUCGACGGCAAGGCGUACCCGCCGAUGAUACAGAACUCUGCACCGCCAGUGGCGGGUCCUGUGCCAAAUCGGCAGCAGCCGAGUCCCACGAUGGCGCCGCCGAUGCGUCCCGGAAUGGGACCACCGGGCAUGCCGGGGGCGCAAACGGCGCCGGCUUAUCCGCAGAACGGACCGCCGAUCUACAACAGCACAUCACCGAAUCAGGCGUUCAACAAUAUGCAGCUAAACAGACAAUUCUCCCAGGAAGGACCAACGAGAUUCCCCAACAUGGGCAUGCCAAAUCGUCAAGGACAGCCGCACGUCAGCUCGUCGACGCAUCCGCAGAAUAUGGAUAUAAGCUUACGUGGCCUCUUGAACAAUCAGGGCGCAGGACAAAGUCCGUGUCACAACAUGGGAGGCUUCAAUGCUCCGCCAAGUUACAAUGCAUCACAGCCGAGUGGCCCGCCGCAGGGAAUACCACAGAUGCGUCCGCCGUACAUGAGCGGCCAUCCGUCUGGGCACCAGAGCUACAGCCAGACGGCGUCCGGCGGCAGUGGCAGCGGCGUGAACAGCAAUCCGGCCAAUUUUAUGGCCGCCAAUGGACCACGCUUUCAGAACUAUCAGCGAAUGCCGCAGUCGCACUCGUCGGCCGCCAUGCAGCAACCGCCGCCCGCUCACAGGUCAAUGCUUCAAAACAGUGGAGCAAUGGGGUAUGCCAAUCAGCAGACUCAGCAGCAAUACAAUCAAUCCAUGGCUCCUCAGCAAGCGCAGCAGAUGCGAAUGAUGCAGCAUUCGGGAGCCGCCAAGUGGCACAUACCGCAGUCGAUGCAGCAGCAGCAACAGCAGAACCAGAAUGGCUUCGCUGGUCCCUCGGGACAGUUCAUGCAGCAGUUCAACAUGCGCCAGGACUCAUUCAAAAUCUCCCUGAAGUCGCCGCCCAUCGUCAAGAAUCCGGCGCCGAACAUCACCAUCGGCUCCACCAAUGUCAUCCCCAAUGUGACAUCGACCAACCCGAAGACACCGAGCCCCAGUACAGGUCUCAGUGAUCAGAACUCAAAAGACUCAGCUGACUCAAUUGACAAAUUGUGUGAGGAAUCAAUGAAGGAUCUCAUGACUACGAUUGCCAAGUUAGAUUCUAAUGGUGUGCAAGUCUUGCCGGAAGGACGCUCGAAGGCCACAUCGCCGCUGGUGCACAGUUCGACGGACAUGUCAGCGGCGGCCGAUGAUAAGAACAGCCAAAAGGACGAUCCUAAUGAGGACUGGUGUGCCGUUUGUCUGGACGGCGGCGAGUUGAUGUGCUGCGAUAAGUGCCCCAAAGUAUUCCACCAGAAUUGUCAUAUUCCAUCGAUCAGCAAUCUGCCGGACGAGAGCGAGACGUGGCAGUGCCUGCUGUGCUACAACUUCGCCGACAUGCCUUUGGAGGCGGCCGGCGAGAAGCGGACAGGCGAUCUGAGUCUGCGCGAGAUAAAGAUCAUGCAGCGUAUCGUGCUGGAGAUGUACUGCCAGUACGAGGUCAGCUUGGCCUUCAGGGAGCCCGAACCACUUGCCAAUGAGGAGUUCUACAACAUGAUCAGCAAUCCCAUCUGCUUGGAUGACAUCAAGGCGAAGCUGGACUUGACCAAUCCUGCUCACUACACAGACGUACAAUCGUUUGUGAACGAUGUGCGACUGAUGUUUAAGAACAGUCUUCUCUACCAUCAGGAGAAGAAUUUGGUGACCAAAAUAAUUGACUUUGGGCGCGAAUUGGAGCAGUUCUUUGAGCAGCAGAUGAUGAAGUGGCUCCCGAGCUACAGUCACCGCCAGAGUGACGAUGAUGAGAGGUUUCAGUGCCCGUUGAAGAGGAUGAAGAAGAUAAUCGAGGAAUGAAUAGUGUAUCACUUCCUCCACGACAGUGACUAGCAGUAGGAGCGGAUUUGGGAGGAAGUGGUUUAACACAUGCCGAGGCGAAGAAUGACAUCAAGCAAUAACAUUGAUAAGGAGCAUUAGAAGUAGUGAAGCCGAAAGGCUCUGCAGAGAUGCACUCUCCACACCGAAUUCAUGAGCACAUUAAAAUGUAGUUAACCGUAUACGCAUUUCAAUUGAUCAAAUAUUUUAGCGAGAGAGAGAGAGAGA